AUGUUUUUUUUUUUUUGUUUUUUUUUAGGCUCUGCACUGCAAAUAGUUCUUCAAUAUUCAACAUUAUCAAGAUCUGCAAAGGCUCAUAAUCUUAGGAUUACAUCAUGUUUAAAGCAUGACAGUUUACGGUCCUUAACCUCUAAAACAUCCAAAGACAUUCCUAGUUCAGUGGAGCUCCUUCGUAGACAGUUUCCCAGAGAUGAUUACACAAAUGUUACCAGUAAAAUCUUAUCUUUGGUUGGACGGAAGAUACAUAACCAGACUUACCAUCCAUUGUGGCUGAUCAAAGAAAGAAUCAAGGAACAUUUUUACAGGCAAUAUAUUGGACGACAUGAAAACCCUCUGUUUUCAGUCUAUGACGAUUUGUGUCCCAUUGUCACAACAGAACAAAAUUUUGACAGACUUCUUGUUCCUUUGGACCAUCCAAGUAGAACAAAAGGAGACAAUUAUUAUUUGAACCAUUUCCACAUGCUCCGUGCUCACACAUCAGCUCAUCAGUGGGAUUUGAUGCACUCUGGACUGGAUGCAUUCCUGGUUGUGGGAGAUGUUUAUCGCCGCGAUGAGAUUGAUAGGACCCACUAUCCAGUUUUUCAUCAGAUGGAAGGUGUUCGUCUGUACUCAAACCAUGAGCUGUUUUCGGAAGUAGAAAAUAUGGAUUCUUGUCAGUUGUUUGAGCAAGGGAUUCGAACACCUAACAAGCAAGAAGUCCACACUUUGGAAGCUGUAAAACUUUUGGAGUUUCGGCUGAAGCAAACACUUUCUAAACUUGUAACGCAUCUUUUUGGAGAAG